AGAAAUGCUUUAGUUGAUUAUGAAUCGACUCCCAAGUUGCAUGUACUUAAUGAGAGACGCACAUCGUUGCAGGAAUGCAGUAGAAUUGAACUUGAACAUCGGCGCACAAGUUUUGUAAGUUCAGUCACGCAGAUACCAUUGUCGCGUUUUGCUUUCGAGCAUUUAAAAAGUGGUGGAACGCCAAGACCGACUUUCAGUACAGAAAAGAAAUGGAAGGAAUUUGCAGGAGACAAUUCGUUAUUGUCAGUUCCGAAAACACCCGUUACAAAAACUGAUGUAACUCAGAUGCUCGUCGACAAUGUUAUGAGAAGUGGACCUGCAUGCAGACGUCCGCCUCAUCUUUCGAAAUUGUUGUCACCGAUCGGAAAGCUUCGGUUUGAAGAAAGUAUUGAGAACUCCGGCCUGUCUCCGAAAUAUGUGAGUCCAACAACAAAUAUUUCUAAAGAGGAAAUGAAUGAUACUCAGCUUGUUGUAAUUGACAAUAUUGACGGUGAUACAGUGGAAAAAUUAGUUGAAGAUACAGUCAAAUUGACCGUUGCGGAAGAACGAAAUGUAUCUUCGGGGGAGCUCGAAAUUGUCUUAGACACUACUGCCAGUGAGUACCGAAAACAACAAAGGACACCUCUGUUUGACACUAGAAAUUAUUUCGGUCAGCGGAGGAUUUUAUCAAUUCUUAACGAAUCAAACGUAUCGGUGAAUACACCAGGCAAGGAGAAGGACUCAGUCAUUAAAAUGAAUCCACUGUUUAGCGGUGAUUCAUGCAAUCCAUCUGAUAUUUCGGUCUCUCCAGUGCACAUCAUAGCAGCGAAGGAUGAAAACAAAUGCACUGCUGUCCUACAUGCUCGCAAAAUAGUACACUGCGAAGAAACUGAACAGGGUUUGCGACGUUCAACAAGGAACCGCGUUGCUCCCAUUCGUCACUGGUUAGGUGAGAAACCGGUUUACCGCCGCGAUCAGCAAGGGACAUACGAACUGGUGCGAGUAGAAGAAGCAGUUGUCAAGGAUCCUUUAUUUGUCAAAUAUAAUACAAUAGAUAUGGCGAAAGCUUUAGAACGACAAAAGCGAGAACAAAAACAACAUGCCCGUGCUCGUAAACGUCGUAAAUUCGAUCGUGCUUGCCGAGAUUAUGGCGAGGAAGAUGCUAAAACUAAUGAAUGA